UUUUUGCCCAAAAGUGACUAAGAUGGGGUCUAUAAUGGGCCACAAAAUGACUAUAAUGGGGGAGGUGCUCUUAGAGGCUAGCGGCACAUAGACAGAUACCCAACAAAAAUUAACCCAAGUACCCCCCACCAUCAGCUAGACUCCAACUGACUAGCACAGCUAAGGGUACUGCAAUGUGCAAUUGGCCACCAGGUCUGUACUUGACUAUCAGGUCGUACCGUUGCACACGAAGCAUCAUUCGCUGAAUGCACUGUGGGGCCAUACACAAUGGUUUCUUGAACAAACUCUCUAGAGGUUUGUGGUCACUUUCUACCAAACCUGUACAGUACUGUACUGUACCGGUGCCAAAGACAGCAGCCAACAUUUCCUUUUCUAUUUGAGCAUAAUUUCGCUCGGCACUGUUCAGUGAUCUUGAUGCUUAGGCUACUGGUUGGUCCCCUUGCAGCAAACAGGUAGCCAGACCAUGCAUAACAUAACAGCUAUUUUCUCCAUAAACAUUUCGUAUCCUUCUCAUUCGUCAGAGUUGCGGCCACGUUCCAAUAUGUCUCUUACUCAAGCCCUGAGCGGCUCACUAGGAUUAUUAAGAGUUGCUCUAACUUAAGCUCAAAGGGUCUCACAGACUACUCAGCGUGUCUCUAAGUUUAAUCAGUAUAUGUCGAUGUGAACAACUCUAAUGACUCACGACAAUGUCGAUGUGAAAAACUCUAAUGAUUCACGACAAUGUUGCUUAAGAUUAACACCUUUUUAUUAAACGUAGUUAAUGUGCGUGUUGUUCUUUCGGCGUCCAAUAUAAUGUUUGCAGCUUUCUUCUACAUUCGCAAGACUCUUUCUUGCAAUUCCUUACUGCAAGAUGACCAGAUUGGACUGAGGUACAACAUAACUGGCUUUAUAACAGCGAGAUAGAAAAUUAACUUGUGCCUUUGCUUGAGAUAAGGACUACUAUGCCUCAAAAGCCCAAGUCGUUUUGACAGCUUCUUACAUAAUUCAUCUAUGUGUGUUUCAAAGCUAAGAUCUUUAUCAACGGAUCAAACCCAAAAGGUUGAGUUUGAUCGUCCGGGUGAACGUAGUCCUGAAUAGGACUGUUGUUGUUGAUAGUGACUGACGUUUCGACAACCUGUGCGGUAGUCAUCUUCAGAGUCAAAGUGAGUUGUAUCACGUCAGUUGAUGGUAUUAUGCUCUGGUUAUUGAUCUGAUUGGUCAAUUAUGUCGCGAUGUUAUUGGUCGUCUGUCAGUUAAGCCGUGAUGUUAUUGGCUAUGAAGACUCGUAAUCAGUGAUUGGUGCGUUUCGAUCCGUCUAUUGUCACAGUUAAACAGUCAAACCCAGUUACUUGUGAUGCGAUAAUUGGUCGAUGUUUGUGGCGUCAAGGCGUAGUUGUAAGAUUGCGGUAUAUAAUUCAUGGUGGAAAGCCACAAGUGCACCGGUAGUAUACACUUUGUGUAAUAUAUAGUAUUCUGUCUUCUCCCUAAUAGCUCGUGGUAGUAACUAGUAGUUACUUGUAGUUACUAGUAUUUACUGGGAGUUACUAGUAGUUGCUGGUGGUUACUAGUAGUUGUUGGUAGUUACUAGUAGUUACCAGUAGUUAUCGGUAGCUACUAGUAUUUACUGGUAGUUACUAGUAGUUGCUGGUGGUUACUAGUAGUUGUCGGUAGUUACUAGUAGUUAUUGGUAGCUACUUUACUAGUAGUUACUGGUAGUUACUAUUAGUUGUUGGCAGUUACUAGUAGUUACUAUUAGUUGUCGGUAGUUACUAGUAGUUGUCGGUAGUUACUAGUGGUUACUGGUAGUUGCUAGUACUAGAGUUAUCCGUAGUUAAAAGUAGUUACUGGUAGUUUCUGGUAGUUGUCGGUAGUUACUAGUAGUUGCUUACAAUUAUUGCUAGUUACUAGUAGUUAUCGGUAUUUACUGGUAGUUACUAGUAGUUGCUGGUGUUUACUGGUAGUUGUCGGUAGUUACUAGUAGUUACUUGUAGUUAUUGGUAGUUACUAGUAGUUACUAUGGUUACUAGUAGUUGCUGAUGGUUACUAGUAGUUGUCGGUAGUUACUAGUAGUUACUUGUAGUUAUCGGUAACUAUUAUUAGUUACUGAUGGUUACUAGUAGUUGCGGGUAGUUACUGGUAGUUGUCGGUAGUUACUAAUAGUUAAUUGUAGUUAUUGGUAGCUACUAGUAGUUGCUGGUAGUUACUAGUAGUUCUCGGUAGUUACUAGUAGUUACUUGUAGUUAUUGGUAGUUACUAGUAGUUACUGGUAGUUACUAGUAGUUCUCGGUAGUUACUAGUAGUUACUGGUAGUUAUUAGUAGUUAUCGGUAGUUACUAGUACUUAUGGGUAGCUACCAGUAGUUGUCGGUAGUUACUGGUAGUUGUGGGAAGUUACAAGUAGUUACUAGUAGUUGUCGGCAGUUACUUGUAGUUAUUGGUAGUUACUAGUACUUACUAGUAGUUACUGGUAGUUGUCAGUAAUUACUGGUAGUUAAUUGUAGUUAUUGGUAGUGAUUUCUUAU